UCCCGGUGGGGAUCUCUCUCUCUCUCGCUCGAGACUCUUCUUCGGCCGAGCGCAUAAAACCAACGACUCGCCGACCGGCGCUCAGUUGACUUUCGAGAACCGAUUGCGAGAGAUCGCGCACGAUUAUACCCAAUUGCGCGUUUUAUCUUACAUCAUUGCACCGACCUUCCGAGCCCCGUCACUAGUGCUACAUUUGUGCAUCACCGUACCCCGCGUAUAACGCUCAGUGACCAGUGAGGAACAACCAAGCCAAGACGAUGGAAGCCAGAAGCUUAAUAUUGCUGCUCGCGGCCGUGGUGGUCGCGUGCUUCGUAGCGCGCGCUCGCAGCUCUGCCAUUCCCAUGUGGGAGUUCCUCACAAGGGAGGAAAAGAUGAGCCACUUGUACCGGAUCUUCAACCAAGAGGUGUCCGAGUUUUGCUCGGAAUCGCCGAUGCCCGACUGCAACAAGAACCUCUUGAUCACCGGCUUGAAGAACCUCGCCCACCUCGACGACGAUGAUCUCGACGGGAUGGACCCCUACCAGCGCGGCGCUAAGGACAUCAUCUGGCGCAGCAUCGUCGGCAACAGUAGCGGCAGACAGCACGAGGCCUCGCGCCUCGGUCAGCACUCCUUCCACACCACCGAGGACGAUCCACUGGUCGGUGACAACCAGCUGACCCAGGAGUCCACGUCGAACAAAGACUACGCCCACCCAACGGAGCACCGGGGCCCGUAUCUGACGGGUCCAAUGGUGAUCCGCGUGUACCCCGACGGCCGGCCGGUGCCCAAGGAGGACCAGCGUCCCUUGCCAAAGGACGAGGACAUCGAGGACAUUCGCUCGGCCAGCCAAUUGCCCACCAUCGUGGAACUCGAGUCCGGGACGGACAAGGCCCAGAUCCGAGUGCCCUCUACCGCCAUCCUACCGCCCCGCAAACGCCCCAACGGACGGAACUACGGGCCCUGGUUCUACCCCCGCGUCGCUCGGCCCAACAACAACAACCUACUCGUGCGCGAGAGGUUCUAUUGACAAAAGGGACCGUCCUUCAUUCACUUCGAGCAAAGACUGAGUCGAUUUUAAUCAAGAGGAGUCGCACACGAAAGAAGAGGCUUCUGCUCUGCGUUACAUUCGUGGAAAGAGAUCGGCGUCACGUACGCGUAGGUAUAACGGACACACAAACGUGACUGCGGGAAAAGCCGGGACGAUCGAUCGGAAAACUUUUCCGUGCUACAUAUAUAUACCGCGAAAGCGGGGAAAGAUCGCGACCGGCAUACCGAUGACGUGCUCCGGAAAAGAGGUUCCAGAUGUCUGCGCGUGUGACCGUACUUGGAACGAGCUCGACAAGGCACACGCUUUUUGAUUAGCAAAGGAGUGUUUGAUCGAAGGGCGCUCCCUUUUUUUCCCGAAGCACGAGGCUGUAACUCUGUUAUCUUUGUUUUUUUUUUUUUUUUGUCCUUGCAAUGUUAUACAUGCACGUGUGUGUGUGUUACGUAUGAGGAUAAACUCUUGUAAAUAUACAUGUAUACAUAUAUCAUCGCACGCGUAAUGUGCUCAUUUUGUAAAUACUCGAACGUGCUUUCCUUUCAUCGUCGUAGGAUUAAUCGGGUGAUUGCGCGCGUUGCUCAUUUUUUUUUUUAUCUACGAACUUUGAGCCAUCGACGCUGUACCUCACCCUGUAGCCAACACCUUUAUGGGCGUACGAAGCGUCGAUUUGGCGUAUAAGCAGAGAUUUCUUUUUUUUUUUCUUUUUUUUUUUUUUUUUAUGUGCACACACGUCGAAAACCCGAGGCGACCUGUUUGCUCGCCGACUGAUGUCCAACGCGGGCAUACAGGAGUUGGGGCAAACUUUUUUUCGCCGAUUAAGGCAGCCCUUUUUUUCCCCUGCAAGCAAUCACCCCUCGCGUAACGUCGCUCGAGAUGUAUUAUUAGCUUUAGUGGAUCGAGUAGUAAAUUAUUGUUAUUUAUAAUUACUAUGUCAUCGCCCUUGUUUCUUUUUUUUUUUUUAAUCUUUCAUACAUGCGAGAUUAGUUUUUAAGGUGAGUGCUUCUUGUAUAGCUGGUAUUUGAACGAUUUGUCGAAAAUGUUUUUUGUCCGAUGAAUAAAGCGAUUGACCUGAACGUUAAAAACAAACCGAGA